AAGAGUUAAUUUUAAUACGAAUGUGCAAGAAUUAGAGCGUAUGUUCUGGGGAUUAAAGAUCAGCUAUUAUAAAUAGUCAAUCUAUAAGCCAGCAGCUCGGGCUGCACUUUGACCUUAUCUUUAUAUGUAACAGGAGAGAGCCGCCCUCAGCCCAGAGCGGGGCACGGCGCGGGCAGAGCGGCCGGGCGGGCACGGGCACAGAUGGAUACGCUCUAUGGCCGGAACAAGGAGGAGCACCCAGAGCCCAUAAAAGCUGAGGUGCAGGGGCAGCUGCCCACAUGGUUGCAAGGGAUCCUGCUCCGAAAUGGCCCAGGGAUGCACACCAUAGGGGACAGCAAGUACAACCACUGGUUUGAUGGCCUGGCUCUGCUGCACAGCUUUACAUUUAAAAAUGGUGAAGUUUACUACAGAAGUAAAUUUCUCCGAAGUGACACGUACAACUGUAACAUAGAAGCAAACAGAAUCGUGGUGUCUGAGUUUGGGACUAUGGCUUAUCCAGAUCCGUGCAAAAACAUAUUUGCCAAGGCAUUCUCCUAUUUGUCUCACACCAUUCCUGAGUUCACAGACAACUGUCUGAUCAACCUUAUGAAAGCUGGGGAUGAUUUUUAUGCUACUGGUGAGACUAACUUCAUCAGGAAAAUUAAUCCACAGACUCUGGAGACAUUGGAGAAGGUUGACUACAGCAAAUAUAUAUCUGUAAAUCUGGCAACUUCUCACCCACACUAUGACAGUGCUGGAAAUGUUCUCAACAUGGGCACUUCAAUAGUUGAUAAAGGGAAGACAAAAUACCUUCUGUUUAAGAUUCCUGCCUCUGUACCAGAACAAGGAAAGAAGAAAUCUUGUUUCAAGCAGCUGGAAGUGGUUUGCUCCAUCCCUUCUCACUCUCUGCUCCACCCCAGCUACUACCACAGCUUUGGAAUCACAGAGAACUACAUUGUCUUCAUAGAGCAGCCCUUCAAACUGGAUAUUCUCAAAAUGGCAACUGCUUACAUGCGAGGUGUCACCUGGGCUUCCUGCCUUGCCUUUAAUAAGGAUGAUAAGACUUGGUUUCACUUUAUAGACAGGAGGACUAAAAAAGAAGUGCCCACCAAGUUUUACACUGAUGCUCUGGUGUUUUUUCAUCAUGUAAAUGCUUAUGAAGAGGAUGGCCACAUUGUUUUUGAUAUUAUUGCCUACACAGACAAUAGCUUAUAUGACAUGUUUUAUUUAAAAAACCUGAAUAGAGACUUUGAAAAGAACGCCAAACUUACCUCCAUACCAACCUGCAGAAGAUUUGUGGUUCCUCUUCAGUAUGACAAGGAUGCUCUAGUGGGCUCUAAUUUAGUCACACUUUCCUCUACUGCAACUGCUGUAAAGGAGAAAGAUGGAAGCAUCUAUUGCCAACCUGAAAUACUAUGUGAAGGGAUAGAACUGCCUCGCAUCAACUAUGACUACAAUGGCAAAAAAUACAAGUAUGUCUUUGCAACACAAGUCCAGUGGAGUCCAGUUCCUACAGAGAUUGCAAAAUUUAAUACCCAGACAAAGGAAAUGGUCCACUGGAGAGAGGAUGACUGCUGGCCAUCCGAGCCUGUUUUUGUUCCCAACCCUGAUGGAAAAGAAGAGGACGAUGGUGUUGUUCUGACCUGUGUUGUGAAGUCUGAUCCAAAGGAUCCACCCUUCCUACUUAUCUUGGAUGCUAAAACUUUCACAGAGCUGGGUCGAGCCAUAGUAAAUGUGGACAUGCAUAUGGACCUGCAUGGAAUAUUUAUACCACAGCAAGACAUGAAAACUGAGACUGAGUAAAAUCUGUUUGUUGCAUUGCACUACUGAAUGUGGGAUAAUAUCCUUCAGGAACAGCCUUCUCUUACGAUAAGAAAUGACUAAUUAUAACCUCCUCAAUAUCUACAUAUAGUCUCUUAAAAGAGACAGAAAUUACUUUAUUACAAAUCAUUGUGUGCACAACUGGUAUAUCACUAUUCCAAAAGAAGAAUUAUCAAUAUGAAGUGCUAAUGUUGAAUACAGCUUGUGGGGCAAGGGCAAGAAAUGUUUUAUUUGAGUAGAGCAAAGCUUUCUGAGCAAAAGAAGUACUGUAUUCGUAGGGUGACGCAGGGCAUGAGUUACACAUGUCUGCAGGUCAUGUAACUUCCAUGGGCUUUUGCAAGACUGCAGCUGACAAUGAAAGUUGUCUCCUGCCAGAAAACCUCAUGUUAAACUGGUGAUACCAUUGGUAUCAUGGUGAUACCAUGAUACCAAUAAUUCAUGGCAAUAUAUUCUCUUGGUGCUUGAUUUCUUAAACUCUACCAUAACCAAAGUAUUAUGCUGAGGUGCUAUAUUUUUCUUAUCCAGGACCUAACCCUUCCCCCAGUGUAUUUUUCACUUUUACGUUGACAAAACCAAGUAACUUUAUUGAAAAAGUGUACAUGGUUAUAUGCAGCAUUCAAUCAUACUUUAGUGACAUUCAAUCUUAAGCAGUUUGUAUUUAAAUCAGUUUUCCUUGGGCAGAAUAUCUGCCAUUGCAUUUCAUGUAAUUAGAUGAUUAUAUUGUGUAAAAGAGAAGAAGAAGAAUUGUAGUCUUUGCUACUGCCACUAGUCUCUGUUAAUAGCAGUAUGUAUGUGAAUGAGGGCAGUGUAUUUGUAGCAGAACUCAGACACACAUGCACAACAAACAGUUUAGGAAAGAGUGAAAGAUCUAAUUUAGGCCUCAUCUGAACCCACAGUAGCUGAAACUAGAAGCUGUUAUUGUCAUUACUAAGCAUUUGCUUUAUGUGUGCUUAGGAGUAUCCAUGUUCUCACAUGUGUUGAUCCUUGCCUGUACCAGAUGCUUCCUAAUAAAAUUGCACAACUUUCACUUACAGCUACAAUUAAAAUGAACAUUUCAACAUAAAGUUCAAGCGCCAAGCACAGUGUGAUGGGUUCUGUUACAGAAAUGGCAUUUUUUACCCCCCUGAUUGUAUUCCUAAUACUGACUUUUCUUUAAGUGCAAGCUUUUUUUGCUUUGAAUUUUAUUUUCUCAUUGUAGAUAUCUUUGCUGUUGGAGCAUCUUUACUGAUAGAGAAAACCAGGUGCACAUCCAUCCAUUUCGGGUGUCCAUCUGGUCUGUCUGUAUCACCACACAGCUCAGGUACCUCUCACUUUGGCACACACAUCCCUUCAGUGCCUCAGCUGCUCACAGUGUUUCAUAGGAAGGAAACAGAAUGAAAUUAUUUUCAUUUUCUACCUCCCUACCACAUGAGAAUCUGUGCUUGGUGACCUGUUCGGGAUUCCCUAAGGUGUUUGUAGCAGAGCAGGAACUGAACCAACAUCAUCCACAGUUCCUGUCUGCUCUGUAACAACCAGACCUCUGCUUAAGUCUUUGCACUUUGUUAGGAUAAAGAUAUGCAGGCUAUUUUUAAUGUAAAAAAAAAAAAUAAAUCUAACACUGUGGUCAGAUCUAGUUAAAAUAUGCAGGUUUGAAUGUUCAAAUGCUUACACAUUCCUUAAAAUGGAAAUAAAUGUUUCAGUAAGGUGUAUCUGCAGAAAUAGUCACUUUUAGUGUUUUCAAGGCCUAUUACCAUUAGUAUUUAAUAGAAAUUUAUCUUCUAAAGAAGAAAUUUAGUUCAAUUUUUGUAAAUAAUAUGGAACCAGUACUGGAAGAGAAGAUUGACUUGUGAUAUUGGCAAAAGACAUCAGCUCUGGAAUUGUUUCUUUUCAUAUGAAAAAGUUUAGAUUUAACAAAGGUCACAAAUACAUUUCUAGAAUUACAAGGUGGCAAUGCAUCAAAAGUCUAACCAUUGUUACAGAUUUUCUUCUAAGAGUUUGUCUCUAGAAUUCCUUCUGUAGUACUCACAGGGUUGUUUUGGGAUAAUCAUAGGUUUGGAUAGGAGUUAGUUCACUUAUGAGGGGAUAAUUUUUACUGGUAGAGACAACAGGAUAGGGGAUAUACUCAUCAUAAAAACAACCUGUAGUCUCAAAAAGCAAACGUGUUAUUUACAAUCAUGUAGAAAUAAUGCAGAAAAUAAAUGAUAAGAACUUAUCUUGGAUGUGAUUUUUAAAUGAGAUGUACCCUAUUCCCUUGGUCAGUACUUCACAGGAUUUGAUUAGGUUUGUAGUUAAUCUGAGGGAUAAAACAGCGAUGUAAAUCUGCAUUUGUUAAUCCCAGUAUCCUCCUGCAGCAGAGACAAUAGGAAUAAAACCCUACAGCUAAUCACAAAUUUGUUCAAGGAUGUUUUUAGUGGUUGCAAUACCAAUCUGAUGAAACAUUUACCCUGAAUAUGGUAACACACUAUCAUUUCCAGGCUGACAGAAGCAAGGGGAAAUGCUGAUAUGCUUCGCCAAGUGGCUGCAAGGCUCACAGGGGUUUUUUUGAUGUGGUGACGUGGCACGAGGUAAUGAGUGUCAUUUGGUUUGCUUCUGACACCCUUCACUGUGAAUGAAUCUCAAGGGUCAGAAAGGUUUGAUUCUUCUUUUGCACCAAUUUAAGUCAUAAAUUAGCCCAACAAAAUUCAUAGAAUUUUUAUAAUGGCAUAACACAAAUCUAGAUGGAGUGACUGCAAAUAAAAAAAUAAUAAAGACAUGUAUCUCCAUUAAAAGAAAAAUACGUAGUUGAGUGAGAGAAUCAGGCCACGGGUAUGCAUAUAUAUAAUUAAUUACCUCAGAGAUGUACAGAUGGACCUUGAUAGAGUGGUUUGGUUUGUUGUUGUUUUGGUUUGGUGAGUUUUUUGUUUUGUUUUUUUUUUUUUUUUUUUUUUGGUUAAUUCAUUCAUUAAAUGGAACAAAUAACAAGGUAUAACAAUGAAUUUGUUCUUUGGAACUGGGAAUUAUCUGUUACACCAUGUCCCAUUGCCCCAUAUAGGCAGCAGGAGGAAGCAGAAAUAGUGUUUACCAGGACACCUUAAAAACCAGAAAUGCAACAAUGUUUUCCUCUGUACCAAUCUGUGCAGGUGGCAGGAGAACGCACCAGUGUCUUUUCAAAUAACCAGGCCACUCAAUGACAGCUUUCGCAAUAAUUUAAACCACUGCUCCCUUGGGUCUGCAAUUACCUGAGUAUUAAUGACAAGCAAAAUACAUCUUUCCCCUGCAGCUAAGGAGCAGUGUGCUCUCUGCCUUCAUUACCCUCAAAGAGAGCUGAGAAUGUGUCCUCUGGAUCCUCAGCCUACACCUGACAUCCUGGAUAAUUAUACCCAAGCAACAAAAAAGUGGCCUUCUAAUAUUUGUGAGUAUGUACGACAGCAAGUGUUGCAGAGCUGCUGGUGUUUUAUGCACAUUGCUGUGGGUUUAGGCUUUCUGUCCUACAUCCUCUGCUCCUAAAACUCUUGUUCAGAGCUGCACAACAAAGCUGCAGCAUGGUGCUGCCCCUGUGACCCCUCUCCAGUCAGGGAGCACUUCAGCAAGGGUUCAGCUCUAAAGCCUGGCUCCAACAGGGCUGAGCACACUCUUCACCCAGGCUCUGGGUGCAAGGUUUGGACUGCUGGGCGAUGUGUGAGGAUGUCCCAGCUGCAGUCUCCAUCUGCACAACAAAGCAGCAUUGUGUCCAGCUGGGAAAGAACAAGGCAUUCAUUUCCUACGGGGUCGUUUCCAGGUACCCCACUUCAUUUUCCGAGUGGUAAAAUUUGGAGACACCAUCAAACUGAAUGAAUGAUAGAAUUUUGUUACAUUUCAGGAAAUGCAAGUAAUAAAAGUAAUGUGACCCACCACAGCUUUACUAGAUCAGACCCUCUGAAAGUGUUAUUUUCCCAGUGAAGGGAUGGGCAGCAUGACAUACAUCUGAAUGUUCCAGAGGCUGGGAGAUCCCAGUGCUGCUGUGCCUGUCAGCACAGGGAGCACAGGGAGCUGCUGUGCUGGUCCCUCCCAGCACCACCAGCUGGGUGUCUGUUUUAGAGCAGAUCACAGUUUGUGAAACACUUUCACUCAGUGCAAAUAGUUUCACUACUUUAAUGUUGGGUGUUGUUAAGAAAGCAGAUGGAAUCAACUAGUCUCUUAAUGUGCAAAUAAGCAUGAUAAUAAAUGGCCUAAAAUUUA